UACGCCGUCUUUAUCGGCCUCGUUGUCAUCGCGGCCCUGUGCGUUGCGUCGUGGCUCCUUGCCCCCAAGGGAGAAAACCAAGUGCUCUGGCGGUCAUCGCUGAUUCUCGCCAUCGUGAGCUGCUACCUGAUGUGGGCCAUCACCUUCAUGGCCCAGCUGCACCCCCUGAUUGCGCCGAGACGAACCGGCAUUCGCGAAGAGUACCUCGAUGAAUAG